AUUUAUUCAUUACUUGUGAAUUGAUUUCGGAUUGGCGGCGACGUGUAAAAUGAGUUUGAACGAACCGUUGAUAGAUAGAAAAGAAGAUGUUUAUUCUAUUCUUCGAACUUAUUACUACCAGUUUCCUCGAUUUGGGGGAGACUUGAAUACUCCACGUCCUGCAGCUUGCUUUUCCCCUCAUGUCUUUGGAGCUGGGAAGAGUUUUCUUGGUGAAAAUUUUUUAGAAUUUUUAAAAAAAUUCGCCGAAGAAGAAGAAGAGCAGAAGAAGACGGAGGUUUGUUCUAGCCAUUGCAUUGAAGGCAACAAGAGCUCAUUUGGAAAAGUUGAUACGAAGAUUUUUUCUUGGAAACACUUUGCGGAAAACACUUUGUCAGUUUGCUUUAAACUAGGAGAGAGCUUUUCUCGUGCUCCUUUUCCAAGUUUUCGAAAGGCUUUGAUGUAUAACAUAGCUAUGGCUACAGCCCAGUGUAACGGUAUGACUGGCCGAGAAAUUGUAGAAUUCACGGACGCAGUGAUGAAGCAACCUAGUGUUCUUUUUUUCCAGUAUCUUCUCGAACAAUUUCAGAAACAAUACUUAUUUUUGAUGAUAGACGAACUUAGCCACUUGAGUUAUCUCACUAAAUACUAUAGUGAACUCGGCGAGGAACAGUUUGUUGAGUCCGAUCCUGGUUAUAUCCCGUAUCGCAAAUUUUUUCGAACUGUAUAUGAGUUGCUUAAUACAGGAAAAGUUAUCUUGUAUAUUGCUGGGCGAACUGCCGAAAUCUCAGCCCGCCUGUCUGAUGCUCGCUCCAGUAGUAUCACCCUCCAUAUGUUGCGGCUGAAUCCCUUUAACCUCCAUGAUAUUAACGAAUAUCUUGAGCUGGCAACUUAUGAUGGAAAGCCCUUGAAGGACUGUUUAUUACCCUCAGAUAAUUUACGAUAUCGAUUCGUAGAAUUGUUGAAAAAGAAGACAGGGAGUAUUCCGUUGAUUGUCAGGAACACUUUUUUAGCAUUAAUAAGAAUGCAACACGAAGCCCAACCUGUUAUCAACGAUGACAAUAUGGAACUUUUGUUAGAUAGAAUCUUUCACUUGGUACUACUAGAGUCGAUAAUGUUUAUUAUUCCGGAGAUACUAGAUUCCGCAACCCUUCUUCGAUAUCAACUUGUCCUUUUGAAUUAUCAGCUCGGGACAGUUUUUCCGGAAAAAUCGCCUCUUUUUAUAUAUUCUGUCCAUCGCGCGUUCCUAACAAGGCAUACAAAUCGGGUCUUCUAUCACGGAAUAAACCCCACGCGGCUCUCUGCUUACGAAUAGCAGCUAAAUCAAAUGCAUAACAAAUAAAAGUUUCACUAUUCAU